AUGCUCCUCCAAUCGCUUUCUCUAACACUGGUAGCCAGCCUUGCUGCCGCCAAUCCCAUCAGCCGUCGUUCGGCUCCCCCAUAUUCCGAGGGGCAGGCCUUCACUCUCGUGGCCAAUGUGACAGACACAAGCAAGGCCAUCUUCGACCCACCCAUCAACGGCUGGUCCCUCUCUGGUACCCGCGUGGGCGCGAACUUGUACACGGCAACACUGCACGCCGGCGGCGGCGCCGUCUUCUUCGUCAACGGCACGGGCCAGGACGUCUCGAGCGCGUCGACCUCGCUGGCGUCGCCGCCCGUGGACUUCGGCACCGGCAACUACAUGCCGGGGGGGCUGCAGUUCGGCCCUGCGGCGUCCAACGACCGCGAGGCGUACCUGUCGCUGAACCUGGGCCAGUUCGGCACGGUCGGGGCGGGCAUCACGCCCGGGCUGCGCGGCGCGUACGCCGACCUAUUCAUCCGCUUCGACGCCGGCACUUUCGUCGUCUGUAAUGAGACGGCGCCCACCUACGGCCGCCCCCAGUACCCCGUGCGCUUCGAGGCCGCCGCCGUGCCCGACAACUGCGUCGCCAUCAGCCUCCUGGCCCAGUGCGCCCCGCUGCCCGAGCUCCACGGCGUCGACGAGUUCAACCUCCGCCCGCUCGGGGCCAAGUGCUACGACGACGUUGCCGCGAUCGACUGGAGUCAGUACUAG